AUGCCUUGCUACAAUAGGCGUGAGUAGCACGAGUCUGUAAAGGCUUCUUUAUCGAUCGGCUGAAGAGUCACUACUUCAGUCGUCCAGGUGCACGCCUUCGGGAACAGGAGAGCUCGCAGGGAUGGCGAAGCUGCGCGCAAUCUCGAUUUCGCAAGGAUGGACAGUCUGCCAAAGACGGAUCAAGUAUGCUUGGGGAACAACAAGGCCUAUUUCCAUUUGGUGUACGUUCGAGGACCUCAUCACGUCAUGCACGAAGCGACACUUCGAGGGUGGUUCAGCUCGAUCGGUGCCGUCGUUGCGAGGCGCUUUCCAAGGAGUAGCCGCGAACAUCGCUAUCUAGCGUACUGCUUUGUGACGUUCGCAAACGCGGAGCAAGCGCAGCGAGCCAUCGCAAGAUAUCUCCAGAGCGAAAUGUGGGGCGGCGGUAGGCUGAACGCGGAGCCUGAUAGGUCAGACCGUAAAGCGCUCGAGCUGAGCCAGCGGAUUCUCGAUGGAGCCGAGCAGGACGUAGACCGCGCGGUCUUCGAGCAGCACCGCGGCUAUAUCUUCCAGGCUAAAGUCGAAGCGGUCGAAGCUGAGGCUGUCACCAUCGCCAUCGAAGCGAGAAAUCUGCUAACAUCGUAUCCCAAAAUUGCCCGUCUGGUCGUAACUAUCACGAAAAGGGGUGACAAGAGCUUUCGCCGAUCUGUUCUUCGUGAGGAUCUGCUCCAAGAGCCUUGUUCCUUGACCGUGCCUCUCGAUGGACAGCAGAACGAAAUCAUCAAUGUAAUCGUGGAGCCUCGCUACUACGGAGCGCAGUCCGGGGUAGAGGUCUCUCCGUUGCCUCCUCUUAUCGGCUUCGUGCUCCACAUUCGGGGUGGACUGGUCCGCACCGCAAGAAGCAGAAGGCUGCCCGAGCUCAAGCCUCCGACUAACAGAGACCUGUCGGCUGUUUCUUUCCGCGAGGAGAGAAAUUACGCACCCGUCGAGCUUGCCGAACGGACAAGUCCCUCGCAGUCAAUCUCACAAAGGCUAGCCGCCGCUAUCCCCGGCUCUGCAGAGACCAGCGUUUCCCUGGUGGACCGCAUCAGCGACGCCGCUCUUCCCGGCUCUGCAGACACUCGCGUCCUUUUGGUGGACAGCAUUAGCGAGAAGCGCGCAAGAGAACCAGAAAGUCGACACAGCGACGAGGGUUGGUGCAGUCAAAAGCCCGAGGUGGGAGAGAGAUGCAUUGAGCGCGAGGAUGCAGAUUCGCGUGAAGGAGACUCUGCGCGUAAACGCAUGCGACGCUUGCCAGUCGAAGACGCUCCAAGUCCCCACGGCUACCGACGCAGUGCGAUUGUCGAGGAGAAGUCCGACCCGAGCAAAGAGCCAGGACUCGCUCCCUCUUCACCGUACAGUCGCGCAUACGAGCCACCGUCUCCGCCAUUUGUAGCGAAGAUGCAUAGCCGCAACACGUCAGAGCUGCGGUCUGCAGGUCCGCUUAAUCCCCAAAAGACGCUGAUAGACAAAGAGGCUUUGCAAGCAGAGAAUGAGCGGCUGCGAGAGGAGAUCGCGGUGGUGAGACUGAAACGGGAGGUGAGCUUUCGGCCGAAGGCUUUUCAGCACAACUCCGACCGAGUGCUGAUCGCUGUGCUUAUUCCGUGGGUCGACCGAGUAGCAUGAAGGGUUACUGCUACAAUUGGAGGAAGAGCGCGAGCUAGCGAAGAUUGCGAACUCCCCUACAAAAUCUCAGACGAUCCCUACACCCCUGUCCACUCUCAAACGCCGCUCGCAGUCCCAAGAUCGACCUACCACUGGACGACAUUCGCUAGUCUCACCUGCUCUGAGCUCUUUGCAGCAGUCGCUGA